AUGUGGUGCUCGCGCAUCCAUUUAUUGAGAAUUCCUGAUGCCUUUUACCCACUGAACUCGGUUAUGGAUGCAUGCUCCUUUGUAAACCUUGUUCGCACACGCACCAUUAGGCUUGCAAAGUAUUUGGAAAAAGAGGCCCUUGCCGCAAAUACUAAUCGGCGUUCUAGGUCUUUUGAUGCCAAACUAAAGGAUGAUAUUGCAAAGUCAUUGAACACACUUUUAAAUUUAAAGGAAAAAGAGGUGGAACGUGUAAUUUGGGAGCAGCACAAGCUCACUGACGAACGCCUGGUGACGUGUCUUGUGCCUUAUCAACUGGCAGCAAAUAUAAUCAUGAGAGGACUUCCGAAUGAUGUGAGAAAAAGAUGUGUAGAGGAGCUAAAAGCCGAGGAAAAUUGUCAUUUCGAAGGCGCCGCAAAUAAAAGGGACAACAAGUUUAUCCAGUGGAGGGAGCAGGAUGUAUUUGUCUCUACGGGACUUAACUAUCUCAGGCGACUUUCUCCUCUCAGACCUUCUCGUAUUCCCGUUAUCGCGGUUGUGGGUCACAGUCAACACGGAAAAACAACACUCCUUGAUGUUUUACAGCAAACAAAUUUUCGUAACGAAGAGUCCAGGGGCACAUCUCAGACCGUUCGAGCUUUCACGACUCCUGACUCUAAAAAAGGCGUCAAACCUGUAACAUUUGUCGAUACGCCUGGUCAACGCAUAUUCACAGAGACUCGUUUUCAUGCACAAAGUAUAGCAGAUGCUAUAAUUUUAGUCGUUUCCUUAGUGGAUGGUGUCAGAAGUCAGACCUAUGAAACCAUUAAAGUGGCUUUAAACCUUGAUAAACCGAUUCUGGUGGUACUAAAUAAACUGGACCUUUAUUCGGAUUUUAAAAAGGCAAAUGAAGCCAUGUUUAAGGUCAUUAUGGACCUACGAGGAGCUGGAUUGCAUGUUGCUAUGAUUCAUAAGGAGAAGGAUAUUGAACGACUACGAGUAUUUGAGUCAAAUGCAAAGUUGGACACGCCGCCAUCCAAAGAGGUGCAUAAUGCCGUCCAGUUAUUCGCACCAAUGAAAAAAGUAGAUCCUGAAUAUAAAGGAAGCAACACACAUCCAGUUGUGAAUUUAAACCGCAGUUGUGCCGGGGUCUGUAUAUCAGCGAAGACAAGCGAAAAUAUAAAUCUUCUUUGGUCACUUAUUGAACUAAUGUCUUUAGCGUUAUCGCCGGUUUGCCACAGCCAAAGGGAGGAGUACAAUUCACAUGCUUGCUCACAUCAGGCUGUUAUCUUGGAGUCUUCAAAACACCUAUUUGAUGAAGAGGGUUUUAGAACUCGAAAGAGCGUCCAACGACUUCAAAAGAAGCAAGAUGUGACCCUUGAAAAACGACAGAUACAGUUUGGAAAAAACAGUGUUUCUGUACGACUGCAUUCUGCCCUCAAUGCUGCCCGAAAAAAGAUGCAAAGCUCGAAUCCAACAAGUACGAGAUGUCUUGUUUUGACUGUUAUCGUUAGAGAAGGUUGCAUCACAAAGGGCAUGCCCUUUGUUGCUGAUCAUACAAAAGGGCGUGUGGAUUACAUGAUAGACGCCAUUGGUAAUUCCGUGGCCAAGGCGUAUCCAGGUACGGCUGUUACAAUUAUUGAUGUUCACAGUAGCACCGGAUGUCCCGGUGUAAGAACGCAUCUACUCUCAAUGCCAUCUACGGAGGAAAGAGAUUGCGUUUUUGAAUACAGACGUUUGCUACAGUGGUUUGUUGAGUGUUUCCCUUCGCGGUUGAGUUUGCUUCGUCCGAGGGGGAUGGACGUGUCCUUUGCACACCUUGGCGAUUAUGGACAGCUUAAACAUACGCGCUGCUUAGAGUAUCAAUUGCUUUAUGGAUCCCCAGAAGAUGCAUCGUUAGCCGAGAUGAACGCGCAACCCGCGCAAGAAGCGCUUGCAACGAGUGAUUCUACACCUCGUGAGAAGAGUAUUGCAGAGUAUUUGUCGGAUAAAAAUUCGGAGCAUGAAGAGCGUGAAAACGAACUUUUAUUGGAAGAUGGGUCGCACGGAAAUACAUUUCUCGACGACGAUCUUAAGAUAACGUUACAGAACACUUGGAUCCAGUUGCAACCUCUCCAUAGGCCUGAGACCCAAGCGAAGUGUGAUGAAAUGAUUAGGAGCAGUAUCCAGGUCGGUGUUGUUUUCAAGGUGGAUACCUGGCACAGCGCUCGAAUGCUAUAUCGUGAGCUCAAUCGUUUGGGCACACGCAAAGUGGCAUUUCAAGCUGUCGGAGUGCGUUUUGGUGCGUUAAGUGUGGAUGACAUUAUGUUUUUUGGGCGAGCAAUGAAAAUUGUUGUUUGCUAUCGCACCCCUCUGGCGCUUUCCACCGACCUGGAUAGAUACCUUGAAAUCAACGACACGUGGGUCCUGCAGACGGACGACGUCUCAGAGGUCGUCUUGUUCCUUAAGUGGUGUGCGGUGGAGCUCCACAGGCAGCACGCCCCUGACGACUACGGGGUGACUGAGCCGAGUCACAAAAACUACUUGGUUCUCAUGCAGGAUGAGGUCGGAAAGAGCCCUGGGACGAAAUCGGAGCAACCAAGGAAUGGCCGACGCCGCAGGUUGCUCAUUGCACCAAGGUCCUCACAUUCAAAUUUGUAA